CCCUCGAGGCCCUGGCUGUCGGAGGCCGGAGCUGUGCCGCCCCAGCGGCCGAGGAGGCCCCACCCCGCCCGACCCUUCUCCUCCCCUCCCGUCCGGUCCCGUCCGGUCCCGUCCCGUCCGGUCCUGCCGCCCUGCCGGGCCCGAGCCGCCGCGCCGGGGAGGAUGAACGGAGGAUAAAUGGUGCCCAAGGUGGACAGCGGCGCCUUCCUCCUCCUCUUCCUGCUGGUGCUCACCAUCACCGAGCCGCUGCGGCCAGACCUGCGCUGCAGCCCCGGGCAGUUUGCGUGCCACAGCGGGACCAUCCCGUGCAUCCCCCUGUCCUGGCAGUGUGACGGGUGGCCGACGUGUGAGGACGAGAGUGACGAAGUCGACUGUCCGGGUGUGCCCAGGGACCAGCGUCCUUAUCAUGGGAAGGAGAACGGGGACUCUCGGCCCAGCCGAGGAAGAGGAGGAGACGCGACGCGCCCUCACGCCGUCAACGAGGCUCAGCCUGUUCGCUUUAGCAGUUUCCUAGGAAAGUGCCCGACAGGGUGGCAUCACUACGAGGGCACGGCCAGCUGCUACCGGGUCUACCUAAGCGGCGAGAACUACUGGGAUGCAGUGCAGACGUGCCAGAGGGCGAACGGCUCGCUGGCCACCUUCAGCACGGACCAGGAGCUCAGGUUCAUCCUGGCUCAGGAGUGGGACCUGGAGGCCGGCCCGUUCGCCAGGAAGGACCAACGCAGGUUCUGGGUCGGCUAUCAGUAUGUCAUCACCAGCCGAAAUCGCUCUGUAGAAGGUCGCUGGGAGGUGGCUUACAAGGGCUCUUCAGAGGUAUUUCUGCCACCGGAUCCCAUCUUCGGGCCAGCCAUGUCUGAGAGCGAGAAGGUGCUUUGUGCCCAGCUCCAGUGUUUCCACUUCCCGACCCUGCGCCACCAUGGCUUGCACAGCUGGUAUGCUGAGAACUGCUACGAGAAGUCUUCAUUCCUUUGCAAGAGGAGUCAGACCUGCGUGGACAUCAAGGACAACAUCGUGGACGAAGGCUCCUCCUUCACCCCGAAGGGAGAUGACCCUUGCCUGAGCUGCACCUGCCACAACGGGGAGGCGGAGAUGUGCGUGGCCGCCUUGUGUGAGCGUCCCCAGGGCUGCCAGCAGUACCGCAAAGACCCCAAGGAGUGCUGCAAGUUCAUGUGUCUCGACCCAGAUGGCAACAGCUUGUUCGAUUCCAUGGCGAGUGGAAUGCGUCUGAUUGUGAGCUGCAUCUCCUCUUUCCUCAUCCUGUCUCUGCUGCUCUUCAUGGUCCACCGGCUGCGUCAGCGACGCCGAGAACGCAUCGAGUCUCUGAUCGGGGCCAAUCUGCACCACUUCCACCUGGGGAGAAGGAUGCCGGGCUUCGACUACGGCCCGGACGGUUUCGGCACCGGUCUGACCCCUCUGCACCUUUCCGACGACGGGGAGGGCGGGGCCUUCCAUUUCCACGACCCGCCCCCGCCCUACACAGCAUACAAGUACCCAGAAAUCCAGCAUCCAGAUGACCCCCCUCCUCCGUACGAAGCGUCCAUCGGGCCGGACUCCCACGGGUGCUGUGCCGCCCCAGAUGACACACCCCCGCCGCCGGCGCAGAGCGUCCGGCCGCCUCUGGGAGACGCGAGCACCGUGUCUCCCCGGCUUCCAGGAGACCCUCUUCCUGCCCCCGGAGACCCCUCUCCCACCGAGCUGGAAGACUCUGCUCCCGGCAGCACCCUGCUCGCGCCUCCCGGCCCGGCCCCCAGCGAGCACGCCCCAACAGAAACUGUGGCCGGCCGCUGCCCCAGUCCCUGUUCUCUGGACACCACGGUGUAGGAGGAAGCGUCGUCGUCGUCGUUGUCGUCGUCGUCGUCGUCGCUGCUGUUUGCACAGAGCUGAGCGAGAACCCGAGCCCCGGGCCGGACCCUGGAAGCGGGCACCCCCUGGGCUUGAGCGUUCGCUUUUUUGUUCUUCGUUAGCAUCGCCUUCUCGAGUUGUGUCUGGUUUCUGGUGGUGUGGUUGUAUGUCCCCGCGUCUGUCUGAUUGUAAAUAUGGAGCGGGAAGGAGGCGGCCCAAGGCGGGGAAAGGCUGCUCGUUUUCUGGAAAGAGAAAGGAGGAACUGGAGUUGCUUUUUGCACCUUUCCGUAGUGAGGAAGGGCAAGAGGCAUUAAAAUAAACCUUUCGGAGCGAGGAUGGCGCGGGGUCUUGGGCCUUGCGUCCUGUGGGGGCCAGGAGGAGGCGGUCCCCAGGAAGGCCUCCCGGGGCUGGUCUUAACCCUGCGGGGAGAUGGGAGCAGAGAUGGGGCCGUGUAGGAAAAGGAGGAAGAGGAGUGGCGGCUGAUGGGCCGGGCCGCUGUUCCCAGAGGGAUGGGAACCGGGCAGCCUGUCAGCUUUGGUCUCUGGGAGACGGUGCUGGCGGUGUCACGUGGGUGUGCGCCAUCCCCCUCCCCCCCGCCCCUGCCCCCACCGAGUGGGAGAAAGUAGCAGGUGCCAUUCGGAUACCAGAUCAGCGGGGGAGCAGGGAUCUCUCCGGGUGCGCAGCUUUGGUUGGUGGUGGUCAGAGGGAGGGCCGCAGAGUCCGGUUUGAGGACUGUUUCCUUUGCCCUGUUUCGUGGAAAUUUCAUCCCCCUUUAUUCUAGGUCUGCCUGGGACCUGUCUGCACCUCAGGUCCCUCUGUCUCACGGGUCGACAACAUCUAGCCCCUAUCCCUUAAGCCGUGAUGAUCCCAACCCCCUUCAAUCCAGGUCCAUUUGAGGUCUGUCUAAACUGCGUCCACCCCGCUUUGUUCUACAGAUGAGGUUUCAUUGCGCCAGAGCGUGAAAAUCUUAAACCCUGCCCCACCCCUUUAGUUCUAGGUCUGUCUGGGACCUGUCUACACCAUUGUGGAUCCUUUGGGCCUACCUGUACUGCUUGGUUCCAAAAUAUCAGGUCAUUGGGCCAGUUGGAACCUCCCUUCCUUCAUUCCAGAUCCAUCUGAGGCCAGUCCUCACUGGGGGGGCGGUCUAUAAUGCAGUUUUGUCAACACUCAGGGCCUCUCUCAGCCGGGCCUGUCCACACUGCUGGGUGGCAGUCACACGGCUGGCUGUCCAUUGCCAUGGGCCCACGGGGUCCCAGCCCUGAAUUCAGUUCCCUUCAGAGGAAACCCAGGGUUGGGGACUGGAGCGGUCUUGUUUCCGGGCAGUCGGGGGGAGGCAGGGUCGGCAAAGUUAGGUGGCCUCAGGCCCCCCGAGAGCCCGGCAGCCCACACCGUUCCAUCCUGUGCUGGCCUGCCCCGAAGGGAGAAGGAAAGGCAGGGGAGCCGGCCCCGAGCCACGGUUUCGAAAAUUCCCCGACUCAGAUCACGUGGCGGCUUAGGCGCUGGUGACGUGGCCUCGGUUACGCCGGGCGCCAGAUCUCGCGGUGCGGCGUCAGCCUGCUGCCCGGGAGAGGAAGGUACUAACCCGGUAACGUCGGCACCGCCGGGCAGAGCUGUGGCAGAGGUUCUCCCCGCCCCGCUUCCCCUCGAGACGCGCACCCUGCCGGAGCCGCUCAGAGAAGCCUAUCCAGGUUUCCCGAAGGCCUUUGAUUCCCCAUGGUGGUCAGGAGCUCAGGGCUGUGAGAGGCUUUCCUUGUCUGGGGGGUUGGGUUGGAGGCAGGCGUGAUCUCCGAGAUUCAGCUGUGGUCCCUUGUCGUCGGGCCCUUGUUAACUGGGCCCUCAUCGCUGGUUCCCUUUCGCUUGCCCUCUGUCACUACUCCACUGUCCACUUGGCCCCCUCAUCGCCAGUCCCCCGUUACUUGUCCGUGUUUGCUUGUCCCUCAUUACCGGUUCACAGUGGCUGAUCACCUGUUCCCUGGACCCUCACCGUUGGUCUCCUAUCUCGGGCACCUUGUCGUCGGUCUUCCGUCACUAGUCCCCCAUCACUGGAUCCUUACUGCUCUCUUGUCAUCGGUCCUGCGUCACUGGUCCACCAUCUCUCUCCCCUCAUUGGUCCCUCUCCAUCACUAAUCCCUCAUCACUCGUCCUCUGUCACUGGUCGCCCAUCACUCAUCCCCUGCCUCUGGCCCCUUGUCGGUGGUCCUCGGUCACUGAUCCUCCAUCUCUGGCCCCUCAUCCUUGGUCUCUCAUCGCUGGUCCCUCAUCGCUGGUCCUUCUUCACUCGUCUCCCAUUGUAAGUCAUUUGUCUACUGGCCCCUCGUUGCUGGUUCCUCUGCAGCCCUAUUCUUUCCUCAUCCAGCAGUGAGUUCCCUUAUGCUGCUCACAUCCCCCCCUCCACCCUCCCCGGUUCCUCUCCGGAGCUGUCACAGUGGCAUUGGCCUCGCUUGUGUUUUCUGCAAGCUGUGGCCCAUAUAGUGAUGUCUGCAUCUGGCCUCUUGCUAAGUUGGUGAGCUCCUUUGGGAGCAGAGUGCCAAUGCCUUUGGAGGUGUGAGAUCUGUCAGGACCCUGGGUGACAGUGGCCCCUGCCAGCAAGCCCUUGAACAAGCAGCGGAGCUGGGCAGGUCACUGUAUCCCCCGGCUUGCAUGUUGUAAAUGUUCAGCCGGGAAACGGCAGGGGGGAGCGGGUGAUUUCUUGCCAUUGGCGAGUCUUUGUUUUUCAUGUCAGAUUUCCAGCAGGACUGACGGUCAGCGGGGGUCAGACCAGGAGUGCAUCUUUUGGGUAAUCAAUGUUUCCAAAGUAUGAGAACAAAGAGGGUUUUGUGCAUUUUGGAGCACAUUUGUGCAUUUUAUACGUUGUGUGUAUCGAUUUGUUCUUGAGUUUUCUAGGGAUGAGUGGGAGUGUGUGUGGUGUCCCUGGGCGAAUCACCUCAUUUGGUGGCUGCCUCUGAAUCACCCCAAAGCCCGUGGCCCCAGAGGCUGCAGGUGGAGGCCAAGAGGUGCCCCCUCCCCCCCCCCCCCCCCCGGUGGUAGGGAUGAUGGUCCCCACCUGUGUGUGGGCAGCCAAGAGGCAGCCCAUGGCCCUCCCCCUCCCGUGUCCCCCGGCUCCUCCGAGCUGCUUGCCUAGAGGUGAAGGGGGUGGGGCCGAAUAGUUCUUCAGGGCAGUUUGGCAAUGCAAUGACUACAGGGCAGGGGUUUAGCAUAAUCUCCUUUGGGCACCUUGGCGGUGUUGGAGUCCUGGGCCAGCAUUCCUCGGGCCUGAUUUUGUUCCUGGAUUUCCUUCUUCGAUUCUCUGCAGCUCUGUCUGAACUCAUUUAGUCUGGAAAGUCAUAUCGAGGUCAUUUAUUAGAAGAACAUUGUGCUGUUUUAUGGUGGUGGUGACCUCCAUUUUGGUAGCAAACUUCUGGGCACGCCCCUUUGUCUGCACUCGGGCUAAUCCCCCGACUCCCACAAGGAGAAGACCUGCAUCAGACCUCCUGUCUCGGUUCAUGCGGGAUGUGGGUGAGGGUUAUGUGUCAUCCCCACCGUCGUCGGGACAGGUCUCGCUGCUUCCCUGGGAAUCUGUUGGCCGGGGGUGGUUUCUCCCUGCGGGAGUUGAGCGCUCUAUUGGUUCGAGGGGCGGCGCUCGGCCCAGACCCGGAGAGGGUCGGGACCGUCGAGUGGCUUUGGCCCACAGUCGAGGGCUGGGUCGGCAGGGGAACCCGGGGCUCCAAAGUCUGCCGGUGCUUGCAGUGGCCGCGUAGGGGUCUUGGAGCCGGGACCGUUGCCCGAUCGCCUAAGGGAGGGGACCAUCAGUCCCGAGGUCCAGGACCUGCACACUCAGGCUCCGCCUCUGGCCGAGAGAUUCCUGGCGUUUCUGCCCCUGUCACUCACCGUUGUGGGUGGGGAGAUUCCGAGGGUGCGGUAACGUACGGGUGCCACUCCAGGGGGAAGGAAGGACCUUCCUCUCCCUUCGAGGCUGAGCGUCAUGUCCAGGCGUGGCCCGGGGGCAGGCUAGGGCGGCGGAUCGGCAUCUGGGGAUGAGAGAUCCUAGUGAACCCGCGGGGUAGGGAUGCGGGGGCCGACCCGGGUGGUUCGGUCAAGGGGAUGUGGGUAUGGCCAGGAUCCCCGGCCCACGUGGGCUUGGCUGGUGAGUUGCAGUGCCUCGUGCCUUGCCCUUCCCAGCGGACCCUGGGGUCCUGUUGGGGUCCCUUGGAGAGUGGGCUUGGGCACCUGUUGGAAUAAGCUUGUUCCAGAGGGAGUGUCCUCCAACUUCCUACCCACCAGAAGCUCUGUGGCAGUCUAGGGGUGUGUUGGGGUGCAUCCUGUGGGCCUGGGAGUGAGUUAGCCCUCAGGCCUGGGAAGCCCCCAUCUCAGCUAGACUCUGUCUCCCCUUUCUCAUCCUCGAGGCUCCGCGGCAAAUGGCAGCCCCCGUGGCUGUGGCCGGGGCGGCUUCUCCCGGAGCGAGUGGACAGAUGCAGGGACAAACCUCCUUUGUCUCCUCCUUCCUUUUGGAGCACCACUGGGUCGAGGCCAUCUGCUCGCGGGACCAGGAUUUGUGACGGACUUGAGGGCAGCUUAUAAAAUAUUUUGAUAUUCUCCGAGAUACCGUGUACAAAUUCCAUUGGAUUCUGUAGUAUUCAGUCCCCGGAAACUUUGUAUUUUUCUGUUUUCUGGCCAUUUGGAUUUUGGGGCCAGGUUGGCACGAAUUGUUUUCCUCUCAAGAUGCUGUGAGCACAGUUUCAUCCAGAUGCCAAAUAAAUUUAUGUUCCGGGA